AUGAAUUUACCCCAAGUAAUUUCAUCUGAUGUUAUUAAAAAAUCAUAUUUAAAACAUGAAUGUUCAAAAGACGUCGCUCUCAUACUUUCGAUGGAACAAGAAUUCGACUGGAAAAUUAUAACAAAAUUAAAUUUGAGCCUUUUAAAUAUAGUGCACAUUGUUGGAUUGAAAUUGGUUAUAAAUCUAAAAUGUUUGACUCUAUCGCACAACAAAAUCAAAAAAAUCGAAAACCUUGAUAGCCUCAAAAAGCUAGAAGAACUAAACCUCGCAUAUAAUAGAAUAACAACAAUUGAAAAUCUCGACCAUUUAACAAAGUUAAAUAUUUUAAAUUUGAGUGGCAACAACAUUUCUGAGUUGAAAAAUUUGGAUAACAGUUUACAAUUACAGGCGUUUUAUAUAAACAAUAAUGAUAUAACCGACAUUAAUCAAAUAUACUAUUUGAAACGUUUCAAGUAUUUACAGUGCAUGGAUUUGUCAAACAAUCCGGCUACCAAUGAUAACAGACAGCUAAUUAUUAAUCAAUUUCCAAAGUUAACAUAUCUCAAUAAUAAAUAUAUAACGACCGAGGAACGCUCAUCGGUUAUUGAAAUUAACGAUGAGCACAGUUUAGCAGGUUCAGAAGUAUUAGGAGACUCGGACAUUAUACACAAAGCUUUUUUAAACGAAACAGAUGGUAUACAGUUUUUUAAUUAUUUAUAUCAUGAAGAUCUUGAUGGUGAAUUGUUGUGUAAAUGGAACUCGACUGUUCGGGGGGCAUUUGCAACGUAUAAGAAACAAAUUACGGAUAGUGCAGUGGAAUUAUAUAAUAUAAGUCUACAAAAACUGAUGGUGAGAGAUGAGAUGUUUUCCACGUUCAAAAUGAGUCAUAACAGAUUUGAAAGAAAAUUAACUUAUGAGAGCCGUGAUAUUAUAAAAGAAUUUGAAGAAAUAAGAAGAAUAAGGCUGGGCCCUACUGAAGAACAAUUAAUUGAUAUUGAAACAAAUGAAAUGCGCAUUAGUCAGGAUUCAGCUCAAAUUGAAAGAAACAUACAAGAAUAUUUUUCAAUUGAAUCCUUUGUUUCUGUUUCCGAAGACAAUAUAAUUGCAAUGAAAAAGAAAUUGCACCAAAAAAACAUUUAUAUGAAUAAAACCAUCAUGGAUCUGAUAAGCAAAUACACAAAGUUUGUAGAAGAAGAGCUAAAAUCAUUUUUAGAAUUGUUAGUUCCAAUAUUUUUUAACAUGCGUGCAGUUAUAAGUACCUAUACUGAGAUAUUGAGUGAAAACGUUAGGUUGGCGGUGAAUAAUCCAAUAAAAGUAAUACCAAAGGAGUUCAUUAAUCACUUUGGAAGUAGAUUUUCAAUAAAUGAUGCUGUAGUCAAAAUGUCUGAUAAACAUUUAGAAAUGAUAUACAAGCGUGAAGAACUACUUAAUUCAAAUGCAAAAAAAUGGGCUGAAAGAUCAAUUGAAGAUUUGAAAAUGGCUGAAAAGCAAAGAUUUUGGAUGGUAUUUGAAGAAAUAACUAAAUAUUGUGAUAAUGUAACUAAUUGGCUUAAAUCUCUUAAAAAUCUAUAA